CAAUUUAUUCGCCUAGCGUGUCGACCGAGCGCGUUCGUCACUGCUCCCACUCCGACCGAACGAGUGUGUCGUCGCCUGUUCGGCCCUCGCGUCUUCUCCCACACCACUACAAGAGUUUGAAAAAUGCCACGCUUAGAGUAAUAUCACUCUAUGCGCUGCAGUUACGCGCACGCCGCCAACACGCACAAUAUUGUUAUUGUCCACCGACUGCUGUCCAUUUGCAGAUGUACACGAGAGACGGCCAAGGGUGAAACUCUUUCGUUUCGGCAUUUCAUAAAGUAUUAUACUCGCCGUGACCUUUCCAGUCCACCGGAACCACGCACAAAGACCGGCGGUAAUUAUUGCGGUUUCGACGAAUAUUACAAAUAUCCGUUUGGUAAGUGUACAUCGACGACGAUACGAAUGCGGUUUUUACCGUGAACCUCGAACUAUAAUACUAUAUCAGUUGCAAGUCAGUGAAAUAGCUUGAAACACGAUCCGAUUAUAGAUUCCGAGAUAUUAAGGGCAUCACGACAACGGCCGUUCGAUCCGGACACCGCUGUUGACCCGUGCCCUUAUCGUUAUCGAGUCCGGCCACGUUCACACCGGAGGUACGCGUCGAUCUAUACAAACGCGUAGAUCACCGUUCGCCGGUGGACAAUUUUUUCCUCCAAUCGCUGCCGGUGGCCGUUGGCCAUGUGCUCGCCGACUGGUGCUGUGGCCGUGCAGUACUUAGUCGUGGUGUUCGCGGCGGUGGCGACGGCCGCCGUCACGCGACACCCGGUAACCGUGGUCAUGUCGUUCGAUGGUUUCCGGCCCGAUUAUAUCCGGCCCGACGUGACGCCGCACAUGGCCCGAUUCCGGGACGCGUCAGCCGCGCCGCCGUACAUGCGCAGCGCGUUUCCCACGAAGACUUUCGUCAACCACUUCACCAUAGCAACCGGACUGAAUCCCGAGACGCACGGAGUGUUCGACAAUUCCAUGUUCGACAGGCACAACGAGACGAUGCAUUACACCUACGAGCAGUUCCACUACGACGAUUCGGUGGUGCCUAUCUGGAUACAAAAUGAAAAUAAUGGAGAAGGACGAUAUAGUGGUGUAAUGAUGUGGCCCGGAUCCGAUUUUCCAUAUCAAGGAAAAACCCCAACUUACACUGAAGUAUACAACAAUUCAAUCCAUUGGAAUUCUCGAAUAGACACUAUCAUGUCUUGGAUUGAAGAUGAAAAUCAACCAGCUAAUCUAGUGCUUGCAUAUUUUGAAGAACCUGAUAGAACUGGUCAUAAAAAAGGAGUAGGCUCACAAGAGAUAAACAAACAAAUCAUUAGAGUAGAUGACACAGUCAAAUACAUACUUGAUCAAUUAAAAUAUAAGAAUUUAGAAGAAAAAAUAAACCUCAUAAUUCUUAGCGACCACGGAAUGAAUACAGUAACAUAUGAUAGAAUGAUAUUUUUAGAUGAUUAUGUAUUCAAUAUGACAUACAAAUCUAUUAUUACAGGUCCAAAUGCAUUUAUACUUCCAAAUAUAGGUAAAUUUGACGAAGUUUAUACGAAUCUUUCAAUCGGAGCCAAUACAUCAAAAACAUUUGACGUAUUUAAAAAAUAUGAAUUACCUGACCGUUGGCAUAUGAAAAAUAAUCCUAGGUUGAACGGGAUCAUUUAUUUGUUGGCAAAACCCAAUUACGCGUUUUGGUAUAGUUUUUAUCAAACGAUUUUGGAUAAGACAACCAAGGAAAUGUUUAGAGCAGGGACCCACGGAUAUGACAACAACGACCCUCUGAUGCACGCUCUUUUCAUGGUUUCGGGACCGAUGUUCAAGAAAAACUUCACUGCACAGCCAUUUGACAACGUGGACCUGUACCCACUGAUUAGUCACCUGUUGGCACUAGAUGAGGCGGCCAAAUACGUGCGGCCCGUGAAUGGGACGAUAGCCGGCGUCGAACAACUACUUCUGUCACCUAAGUCAUCCAGCGCCAGCACGUCGUCGUCGCCAUCACCGCACGUCCUAGCUGGCAUAAUAGCGACCUUCAUUGACGCUUUGAAAAAGUUCCAGUAA